CGACACCCGGGGCUUGGUAGCAGCGCGGCGCACGCCACAAGUGCCGUCUUGUGUUUGUCGACGCGCUUUGUUACCGCAGCGGCUUUGCUCCUGUCUCCCGUGGCUACUGCAGUGGUCGUCAUGUCUUCGCCGGCUCGCAUGGCCGCAGAUCCGGCGGCCGCGACCACCAUUGCGGCAGGGGCUGACUACGCCGUCGUCCAAGAUCCCGUCCUCGUGCAGCGCGGCGACUCCCGCGUCAUGGAUAUCGAUCGCGUGGGGGUGUUUCCUGGGCCGAGGUCGUGCGCGGACACGAUAAACCUGUUCGUGUGGAUCGCCGUUGUGCAACCGCUGGUAGACGCGCACGACUACAAACCCAAACCCAUAUUUCUGGAUCUUAUCUGUGCCCCUCCUGCGGCCCAGCCCGUGGUUCCGUCGGCCCCCCAGCCGGCUCCCGGCGCGCACGCCUUCCCCCCUGCGCCCGCAGCGGGAGCCGCCACAGCAGCCGCUACACUUUCUGUAGGCACCGCUACGACCGCGACUUCAGGCCCCGUAGUAGCACCGGGGAGCCACCCGGAGGACGAGGACAGCGCGACAAAGCGGGCGCGCACGGAUGGAGCGGAAGGAGCGGCUGGCAGUUCGGUGGCGGGAGAGCCCUCCAAGAGGAUAGCAGUCGGAGACAGCCCGGGCGGAGAUCGUCCGUUGCUUAAGGUGUUGGUGCAGGCGCAGGGGGGCGCAUUCGGCGCGAGUUAG